AUUUAUUUUUCUGUUUUUUCUCCUCAGUCCACACGGUCUCAAUAUCUUUAAUGCAACGCUACCAUUGUUGAUUCUUCAUACAACAAAAAUACAAACAAAAUUUUAUUUAAUGAAAAAGUAGCGAUUAGAUGAGGAUUUAAAAUUAAAAUAUUGGUCUUAUUCCAUUUCUUUGCCUGUCAAAAGAUCUCCCUUUCUACCUCCUCUAUUCUAUCCUAUCCCCGAUUCUGCAUUUUCAACAUUUUCUCGGGAACCAAACGGUCCCUUAAUUUCUUUUUAUAGUCAUGUGGGUGGAGAUCCUCUGCGGUUUAAUUGCUUACAAGCUUUUCCGGUGCUUUUUUUCCGACAGCGACGACGUUUUGGAGCUCGAGUCCUCCGAUACCACCGCUCUUUUCAACGUCGCCAAUAGACUUGAAAAGCUUUAUGGAGGAAAGGUGUAUGCAGGGCUUCGAAUCCCUGACGCUGAUACUGGUUCACGACAGAAUGUCGAUAUGGUUCUUGUUACCAAAGGGGAGGCAGUGGUGAUUUCUGUCAAGAAUUUCUCGGGACUUGUAUCAAUCACUGGCGAUGGCAGCUGGGUUUGUGAAGGUCAUGGCAAACACAAACCAGAGCAUCAUCCUGACCCUGUAGAGGAGGCCAAGAAACAAGCUUCAGUUCUCGAGUCUUAUCUUGAACAAAGGGGAGUUGCUCUGCCAGAAGGAUAUUUAUCUUACAAAGUUGUGCUUCCCAAUCCAAAGUUCUGGACCAUUCACCCGAGCAAUUUUCCAUCUGAGGUCAUUACCCAUGAUCAAUGGGUACAGCUGAAACCAGAACCCAAAAGUAUGUUGUCUGGUUGGAUAAAGGGUGCCUUUCGUGGUGCAAAGAAAGAGAUGCAAGAAUCUAUACAUGAGAAGCUUAAUUUCAUUCUCAGCACAGCACCAAUGUGGGAUAGGUUGGAGCUUAAAGGUAACAAGUAUGUUUUAGGAGAAUUUUUGGAAUUUAAAGGGAAGCAAGAAGAUAUCACAGCUCUUAGAGGCAUCAAGAGAUCAAAAGUUAGUCAGUUUAUUGUCCAAAAGACGAGUAUGUUUGGACUAGCUCAUUCAAAGCUUCAGGUUUUGUACUCUGCUCGAGAUUACCGAAGUGAAGGGACCUCAACAUCCGAAUGGAACGAAGCAACUGUAAGGUCAAGCACGGAGGUCGUAUUUCAACCAGAGAACUCUAGAAAAGUCCGGAAAUUCAAGCUUUCUUCAAUUAUAUCCAUGUCUCUAAGCGCCUGAAGAUGCUUCUGCUGAGUAUGUACUUAACUACUGGAACAUGCUACUGGUGGUAGCUGUGAUGCAACCUAGAACUGCCUUCUAAUAUGGAAGUGUGCCUAGUGUUGUACUUCGUAAGGUAAUAUUGCGUGUACAGUGUUAAGAAUUGGAAUAAUUUAGCUUGAUAGAAGAUCAAUUUUGAAGAAUCCAAAUACAGAAACAUUUAAUUUUAAAUCUUGUAUGUCAUGUUAUCUAUAAAAACUAAUUUAAUCUACACCUUAUUUUCA